AUGAAAAUCGAAGAGGUUAAAAGUACUGUAAAAACCCAACGUAUUUCUAGUCACAGCCAUGUUAAAGGCUUGGGACUCGAUGAAUCCGGUGAUCCUAUUCAAAUAGCUUCUGGAUUGGUUGGUCAAGCAGAUGCUAGACAAGCUGCUGGUAUUGUCGUGGAUAUGAUAAAAACUAGAAAAAUGGCUGGACGUGCUGUUUUAGUUGCUGGACCCCCGGGAACAGGCAAAACUGCAAUUGCUCUUGCUAUUGCUCAUGAACUUGGAAAUAAAGUUCCAUUUUGCCCAAUGGUAGGAUCUGAAGUAUAUAGUUCAGAAAUAAAAAAAACAGAAGUAUUAAUGGAAAACUUCCGUCGUGCUAUUGGUCUUCGUAUAAAAGAAACAAAAGAAGUAUACGAAGGAGAAGUUACUGAAAUGACACCAGUUGAAACUGAUUCUACUGCUGGAGGUUAUUCAAAAACUGUAUCUCAUGUUAUUGUUGGAUUAAAGACAGCCAAAGGCACUAAACAAUUAAAACUAGAUCCUACAAUUUAUGAGUCUUUACAAAAAGAAAAGGUUGAAACUGGAGAUGUUAUUUACAUUGAAGCUAAUAGUGGAGCAGUUAAGCGACAAGGAAGAAGUGAUAGUUAUGCUACUGAAUACGAUUUAGAAGCUGAAGAAUAUGUACCUUUACCAAAAGGUGAGGUCCAUAAAAAAAAAGAAGUCAUCCAAGAUGUGACAUUGCAUGAUUUAGAUGCUGCCAAUGCUCAACCAAAAGGUGGUCAAGAUAUAUUAUCUAUGAUGGGUCAACUAAUGAAGACCAAAAAGACGGAAAUUACUGAUAAAUUAAGAAAGGAAAUUAAUAAAGUGGUUAAUAAGUAUAUUGAUCAGGGUAUUGCUGAAUUAGUUCCUGGAGUUUUAUUCAUUGAUGAAGUUCACAUGCUUGAUUUGGAAACAUUCACAUAUUUACAUAAGGCAUUAGAAAGUACCAUUGCACCUAUUGUAAUUUUUGCUACUAAUAGAGGACAUUGUGUUGUCAGAGGAACAGAUGAUAUCAUUGCUCCUCAUGGAAUUCCUAUGGAUUUACUUGAUAGAUUAUUAAUAAUUAGAACUCUUCCAUAUAAUAGAGAAGAAAUGGAGAGUAUACUUAAACUUAGAGCACAAACUGAAGGUCAUUCCAUUGAGCCUGAUGCACUUCAUUAUCUUGCCGAAGUUGGUACUUCUACUACUUUAAGAUAUGCCAUUCAAUUGUUGAUACCAUCGUCACAAAACGCUAAGAUGAAUGGACAUAAUUCCAUACUUCGAGUUGAUAUUGAGGAGACUACGUCAUUAUUCAUGCAUGCUAAAGAAUCAUGUAAAAUACUAAGAAAAUGUGCUGACAAAUUUAUGAAAUAAUUUAUAAUUUUAAUUUUUUGUAUACUGAAUUUUUUUUAUAUGCUAUUUUCUUACUUUUUAU